GCUCCAGUCGCGCCAGACGUUACCACGUGUCGUCUCCCCUAACCUCCGAAUACGCGUCAAAACACUCCAAACCAAACAUCCCAGUUGACCUCUCUCCAAGUAACCCAAGCACCCCUCAAACCGAACUCCCUAUAGCCCAACGAAAUGGGUCACCAAAUCGCCGAGGAGACAGUGCAACCAGGCAGCUACGUGAUAAUCGAGAAGCAGAAUUUCCGAAAGCUCUGCAAAAUAACCGAAAAGGGUACCUUCACCCUAGGAAAAGAGCAAGUAGAAAUGGAGCAUCUCCUGAACAAGCCCUACUGGACAACCUUCAAGAUGUUGCCCUCGAAAACAUCGAAAAAACACGUCUCCCUGGAGGUAACACUCCGAGCUGAGACGAUGGAGGACAUUCGCCAGGGCCUGUCCAGCGGGACCGACAACAGAUCAAUAACCGACGACGGUACUUCCCAGAAGCUCUCCAAGGAGGAAAUAGAGGACCUGCGGGAAGCUGGUAAGUCCAGUAAAGAAAUCGUCACCACCUUAAUCUCAAAUAGCAGCUCCUUCACCACGAAAACGGAAUUUUCCCAGGAGAAAUACAUUAAAAAGAAGGAGAAAAAGUACUUCAGAUAUUUGACAAUCAGAAAGCCCUCGAUCUCCAUGAUCCAGGAGAUUUACUUUCGACAGGACUGCUCGAAGAUCAAUUUCUUGCGAAUGGAUACUCUCUCACAGAUUCUGUCAUAUUCGGAUGUCAGGUCUGAGGGGAAGUUCUUGCUGUACGACAGUGGAACAUCUGGACUGUGUGCUGCUGCAUUGCUUAGCAGGAUUGGAGCAGACACCAGUGGUGUUAUGGCGUAUCUGCAUCCUGGCAAUCAGGCGCAUUUGACGCUGGUUCAGGCCAUGAACUUUCCGGAGGAGCAGGUGAAGAGGAUGAUAAUUGCGAAUGUCCAGAAUUUUUUGAGGAUUUAUCAUCAGGGUGAGGGACAGAUUAUGAAGGAGCUGGUGGCGAAGCAUUGUGACUGGAAGAGGAUGAAGGAGAUGCAAGAUGCGGAGGGCAUUGCACCUGCUAAGAAGGUGAAGCUGGAUGAUGAAGUGGUGGAGAAUGGUGUUGAAGGGGAAGGAGAUAAGGAAAGGGAGAGGAUGGAGGGGCUGGAGACAAUGCACAAUGGAAUUUGCCAUGUUCCGGACAGCUUCAAAGAGCCAAAGUGGCUGAAUCAAACGAGAAAUGCUGUUAAAUGUUUUACAAAGAGUAAUGCCGAUGGUCUUGUCGUUGUGACUAAGGAACACCCAUCCAGUAUUAUCAAUAGCCUCCUCACUUUUCUCGGUACAUCGAGACCUUUUGUCAUUUAUCAUUGUCACAGGGAGCCCCUCCAGGAGACGUAUGUUGCACUCAAACAGAGAAAGGAUAUUGUUAAUUUGAGACUUUUUAGUAAUUUUUGUAGGGGCUACCAGGUACUACCGAAUAGGACACAUCCUGAAAUCAUGAUGAAUGAUUUAGGGGGUUAUUUACUGACCGGAUUUUUAGUUGAGUGAUUGGGUGGGGAAAUUUUGUAUGGACAUUAGUAUGUCUCAAUCAUUGUAUUUUUUUUUAAGAUACUGCAGUGUUUUCGGUGAAAUUGAUUAUUUUGAAUUUUUUCCUUGAUUUGAGAAUUUUUUUUUUUCAUUUCAAAUUCUGAGCUAAAACCCAUUGUUACUCUUAAUGACAUUAUUAAUGAAAUUGGACGUCCUAUUUGACUCACCUGUUGAUCAAUUAAGCACAUGAAAAUAUUUUUUUUGAAUAUUUUCAUACUUAUCUAAAAUGGAGAAAAUAAAUAUUGAACUCGACAUUGAA